CGGUGCUUAGAGCUCAGUGGCCCGCUGAGCCCACGGAGAACAGAUAGUGUCCUCUCUGGCGGACAGUAACACCAGGCUUGUGACUUGGAGAUUUUCUUCUUUCUUGACUAAAACCUCUCAGAAAAAAACUACGGGAUGCCUUCAAGUAUAAACGUCCAAGGAGGCAAAGCCUUUGGACAACUGAAGGAGCAGCAAAGGCAAAAACUGGAAGAAAUAAACCAGGAAUUUCUGGAAGACCAGAAAUACAGGGAUGAGGAGGACCUGCCAGAUAAACUGGAGAGUCUCAAAAAUAAAUAUGCUGAGUUCGACCUGAAUGAUCAAGGAGAGAUUGACAUGAUGGGCCUGAAGAGGAUGAUGGAGAAGCUGGGGGUGCCCAAGACGCACCUGGAGUUGAAGAAAAUGAUCCUGGAGGUGACGGGCGGCAGCAGCAGCAACACCAUCAACUACAGGGACUUUGUCAAGAUGAUGCUGGGCAAGCGUUCAGCCGUUCUCAAACUAGUCUUGAUGUUUGAAGACAAGGCCAACAGCUCCCCCUGUAAACCAGCAGGACCUCCUCCAAAGCGGGACAUUGCUAGUCUGCCUUAAGUGUAGUCGUCAGCCCACAGGACCGCUGGUGGAGCUGAGGGACCGUCAGCGGUCGUCUGGAGUUGAAUAGUUUUCGUGUUGUGUUAGUACGGGACCAGUGGUUGAGGAUGGUUACCUUGUGACUAUGCGCUGUGUGACAGAAGGUGUUGAUAGAACGAGACCAUGACUCACUAGAUGAUGUUUGACUGUGAAAAACCAUCCCCUUUUUUUACUAAGUGAACAUUCAACAUUGAUGAGUGUAACCGUAACCUUCUCCAUAAGUGACAUUUUCUAGUGUGUUAUUGUUUAAAGAAUUUAAGGGAAGAUGUAGAAUCCUCUAGAUGUCAGUUUUUCUCUCCCUCUUAUUUUUUUUGGAACAUGGUUUUUUUUUCCCCCAACAAUGCAAGAAAAGGACACAGGGAAAAGAAGUGGUUCUUCCAACACAUUUUUGCACUGUCCUCUGUGGUUGUGCGUGAAUUCCUGUCAGGCUAACCUUGGUCGGCUUCUGGCUUUAGAGGACGAUCCGGAGAUUACAGACCCAGUCGAUUUCCUCUAGGUCAGUAGUUAUUGGCCAUAAAAUGCCAUAAAAUGCUUAUCCGGACAUAAGUGAAUAGAUUAACGAAGCUCUCGUGACUCAUUUUGACAUUUUUCUGCAUGUUCAAGAGUUAAUUACUAGUUUGUAAGAGAAUUGGACGUUGUGUUGACUGUGGAACGUUGCAGUUUGGUAUGCGUGGCUUGAAAAAAAAAGGCAAAGUCGACUUACUUAUCUAUCUGUUAGGGUUAAGCACCAGUCCUUUUGGAAUUUGGAAGGAGUGUGACACACACACACACAAACACAAGCAGAACAAAUGUACAUAAUUUCCUACAUGCAGUACAAUCAUGUUCUUUCCAAGUGCCUCAACAUGCAGAUACUGCAGAGCCUCAAGACGUGCACACGGGCGUUCACUUCACACAGUCUUCUAAUCUUCAUCAUUUCACCAAACCAGUAACAAUUUAAAUUUGAUUUGAACCAAUGUUUUCUGCUUUGUCUGGUCUUCCAACACAUUCUGAAUGAGUGGAUUUUUUUUUUUUUUUCAGAUUUCCCAAAGCUUUUAAUGUCUUUUUCGUUGUUUCCACAUCGUGUAUCUUAUUGAUCUGAUCUUGAUGUUGUACAUACUGCACUGCUACUCAUUCCUUAUGUCAUGAAGUCAUAUUUUUUACCCAUGUUUAUUGUCAGCCAGCCAUCACGUUGUGGUGAACUCACUUCAUCUGUGUCUUGUGAAUUCUGUGAUUUGUGCCUCACUGUUUCGUCUCUCCAGUGUAAACUCUCUUGCAAGUCGCUCUCUUUACUGUGAAUUUACUGUCUCUGUCGGUUUUAACACACACUUUGUUUCCAGGUAUUCUGUUUUUUGUCGUCGACGGUAGCUUUGAAAGCAUUUUUAGUUACGGUGCACAUUGUUGUUGCAAACACCAAAGUAAUUAAAACGCUUGUGACACUAGUGUGUUAUGUUGUUAAUUGUUAAUCACUGUCAUGAAAUUCUCUCUACACUAAAGAGAAAAGGAAACAAGGUAACCCUUUCAGGGAGAUUAGAUGCAGUAAUAUCAUGUACUGUAGCCCAAAACUGUAACUUUUCACAUACAUUAAAUGUACCAAUCGAGCUAAACGGUUUUUUUUUUCCCAUAAUAAAUCAUGCAGUCCGGUUUGCCAUU